AUGUGCUCACCUUUGAUGCUGAGGGUCGGGCUGUCGACUUUGAGGUCUAGUACUGUUCGCUCACAGUGGGCCACACGCGAUGCUGCUGCCCGUCUUGCUGUGCGUAGUCACCUGCCGUCCACUGAGCGCGCGCACUUUAGUCAAUACAAGAGUGUUGAGACCUUGUCAGCACGCUACUCUUCCCCUGCCACUGCUGCCCUUAGUCGCCUCAUGCUGCCGUACCUGUUCCCUGACCUCGCCGCCUUUCCCACAGUCGCUGACCUCAUUACGCAACUCCGCACUAGUGACACCCACUACCGCGCUACGCUUCCUGCAGAGUUCUGCGCCAAGAACCCCCCCCCCCCCAUGUACAUCACCCUCUACUACCUAGUCACGCGGCUCCCUAACUCCCUUCGCUCGGUCAGGGACCACUUCCUCUCUGUUUGCCCCACCACACUCACCGUUGACCUCCUUGAGGAGCGCCUCCUGGCAGCUGAGAAGAGUAUAGUCGCUGUAGGAGCCUCUCGUGGUGACCAUCGUGCCCCCUUCUUUGAGGGGUGCUCCCCCUCCCCCGUUUUGCCCUCUGUUGCCUCUGCUGCUGCUGUCAACCUCGUUGGCACCGAGUCGGUCGGCGCUGCGUCUGCACCUAGCGGGAGACGCCGCAACGGCAAGGGCAAGGGGGGCAAGGGCGCAGGAGAAGCUGGCGGGGGCGGUGGUGGUGGCGGUGGAGGCGGCGAGGGGGUGGGGGUGGUGGUGGGAGUGGUGGCGGCGGUGGAGGCGAAGGCGGCGGCGGCGGUGGCAGUGGAAGCGGAGGAGGCGGCGGUGGCGGCAGUGGAGCUGGUCGGGGUGGCUCUAAGCAGCGGGGCGCCUUCGGUGGUGGUCACCGCCAGCAGCAGCAGCGCACUUGUGAGACCUCGCCCCCCCAGCAGCUUCGUGAGUGGUAGACUGCGCGUCAGCGGGGUGGGGGUGCUGGUCCCUGUGCCUACGUCCUGCGUACCGGCGACCGCACUAGUGAGCCGUGCUGGUGAGGCUGCUACUCUAGGUGCUAGUGCGUCUGCUGCUCCAGGUGGUGGUGAGUCUGCUACCCCAGGUGCUGGUAAGUCUGCUCUCUCAGAUCGCACCACACUCACGCCGCUUAGUCCGCCGGUAGCAGUCUCCCCGGCAGACCCCUCUAGAGGUCCUGUCCUUGCCCACUUCUCCACUGUCUUACCGUGUCCGGCGGCCCCUUCUAGCACCCUCUCAGGUCUUUACCUCCCCUCGUUCUCUACGAACUUGCCGGGGUCGAGCCUGUACAUACUGACUACUGAGUCUCCUCUGGUUGCUGCGUCUGGCCAGGUAGCUGUGUCGGGUCAGGUGUUUGCUGCAACGUCCCGGUCUGGUCCUGAGUCUGCCCCAUGCUUGUGUCGUCUCCUGUCUCACCAAACUCUCCUCUGGCACCACCGCCUUGAUCACCCCUCCCUGCCUCGUCUCCGAGGCAUGGCCUCCCGUGUCCUUGUCUUUGGUCUCCCCCGGUCCCUCCCUCCUCUUCCCCCGGGGCCUGCCCCUACCUGCGUUCCCUGCGUCGAGGGGCGGCAGCACGCCACUCCUCACUCCUCCGAGUUUCCUCCAACAGAGGCUCCGCUACAGACGCUUCACCUGGACGUAUGGGGCCCCGCCCGCGUCCAUGGACAAGGUCACGCGCGUUACUUCCUGCUGGUAGUUGACGACUACUCGCGUUACACUACAGUCUUCCCCUUGCGCAUCAAGGGUGAGGUCACUGAGCACUCCGACAAAGGCGGAGGGUUUUCCUCUAACCUUCUGCGAGCCUUCUGUCGUGCACGGGGCAUCCGCCAGAUGUUCACGCUUCUGGCCUCUCCACAGCAAAAUGGGAUUGCUGAGCGCCGCAUUGGCAUGGUCAUGGACGUUGCUCAUGUGUCCAUGAUCCAUGCGGCUGCUCCCCAUUUUCUGUGGCCGUUCGCGGUUCAGUACGCGGCGCAUCAGAUCAACCUUCAACCCCAAAUCUCCUUGCCGGAGACCUCCCCUAUUCUGCGGUGGACGGGGAAGGUUGGCGAUGCGUCUGCGUUCCAUGUCUGGGGAUCUCGAGAUUUUGUCGGCGACUUGUCUAGGGACAAGCUGUCCACCCGUGCUGUUCCCUGCGUCUUCCUUGGCUUCCCCCCUGACGCGCGUGGUUGGCAGUUUUACCACCCCACUUCGCGCCGUGUUCUGUCCUCUCAGGACGUCACGUUUGACGAGUCGGUGUCCCAGGUAGACGCAUUCGAGCCUGUCGAGGUAGUUGUUGACCCUGGUGCUGCCAGGGGUGCUGAGCCUGCGGGUGCGGGGUCUGGGGGUGCUGAGUCUAGGGGCGCUGAGCCUGGGGGUGCUAAGUCUGGGGGUGCUGAGCAUGGGGGUGCCGCGACCGAGGGCGCGGAGCCUGAGGGUGCUGGGCCUGCUCGUGUGGAGUCUCGCGGUACUCGGUCUGGAGGUCCUUCGGGUGCUUCGUCCCGCCGGGAGCUACCCUCUCCACAGGAGCUGCGCGAGUGGUUUGCUCGGCGCUGGAGCUGUGCUGCUAGAGCUGGAGGUGCUGCUCGAGCUGGAGGUUCUGCUGCUGCUAAGGGUGCUGGUGCCACGGGUCCCGGAGGUGCUCUAACUGGAGGUAUUGGAGCUGCUCGGCCUGGGGGUGCUCCUGGUGCUGGAGCUGGCGGUGCUGCUGGAGUAGGUGCUGCUAGAGGUACUAGAGCUAGGGCUUUUGAGUCUUCCAGUGGUCCUGUUGUAGAUGGAGCCGUGGAGGUGCUGGAGUUGGAGGUGCUGCUGGUACCCGUCCUCCUGUGGGUGCUAGAGUUGCUGCUCCUAGAGCUGGUGGAGUUGCUGGAGUCGGGGCCGACCCUGGGGGUGCUGGUACUGUCCCUGCUGGUUCUGGAGUCUGAGUCACAGUUACAGCCCGCCUCCCCACUGCCUGCUCCUUCUCUCUGCACUAGUCCUACUGGAGGUCUUGCUGAGCGUCGUGAGCCUGCGUCUCGUCCUGCAUUGCCUGUUCGUACUGCUCGCACAUGUCGUCGAGUUCCGCGUCAGCGUCCUCCUGCGGUCCCGGGCACGCACCUGAUGGCACUGUGUCCUUCCACUGCUCCACUGCGUGUCUCUUUGCCGUCUCUUCCAGAGUCCUCUCUUCCUGCUCUUGCUGACCCGUCUCUUUGUGCUGCCACUCCUACUGUCACGCGUAUCCUGGCCACUGUUGUCACUGACCCUUCCUUUGAGUCCACUGCGGCGUCUGCCUUAGUUGCUGAGCUUGUCGACUUUGCUGCUCGCUGUCGUCUUGACUACGCCGCUAGUCUUGUUGUUGAGUCUGAGUCUGUCUGUCCUCCGUCCAUCGUGGGUGUGCUCUUAGCACGCACGUCCUUGAGGACAGGCAGGAAGAGUUCCAGUAAGUCCACAGGCACCUACGUGGACGAGGUUCCCCCACCUGGGGCGAACAUCGUCAGUGGCAUGUGGAUUUUCAGGGUGAAGCGGCCGCCGGGUUCCCCGCCUGUCUUCAAGGCGCGUUACGUGGCUCGAGGCUUCAGUCAGCGGCAGGGAGUUGACUGCUUUCAGACCUUCUCUCCCACACCAAAGAUUACCACUCUUCAGGUGCUGCUACACAUAGCCGCUCAGCGUGACUACGAGCUUCACUCUCUUGACUUGAGCACUGCUUUCCUACAGAGCAGCCUGCACGACGAGAUCUAG